CAGCCCUCCAGGCGCCUGAGCAUCAUUGAGAUGUCCAGCGAGGACGGCGAGGACCCUACCCUCUUCAUUCGUGGUUUGCUGCUCGCCGAGAGAGAACGUGCCGAGUUGCCCGCUCCGCUCCGCUCCGGUCAGCCUCCGCUCCGCGCUCCGCAGCGCUGCAGACGAGAAGAGAGUCGACCACCUGUCAAAGUGUAGUGCUUGUGUGUGUGUGCCGUUCAACAAGUUGCGAGUGUGUGCGCGCGUGUGUGUGCUGUUGGUGUUGUUUCUCGCCACCUCGCCGAGAGUGCGAGUGCUUCGGACACUUUACCUGGCUGCCACAUUAGCUGAGUGCAGUCAAGUGUAUCGCAAUGGUGGCGAUGCUGGUCCUGCUGGCCGUGUUGACGGCCAGCCUCGUCCCCUCGCUCUGCUCCCCGGCCGACUCGGCGACGACGCCCAGUUUCUGGUCGUCCAACAUUAACAGUAUGUUCAGCGGCGAGAACUCGUGGGCCACGUCGGCGCUGAACGAGCACCUUGCCGCGGGGGCGCAGCUCGCCCUGGACCACUGUCAGGAGCAGUUCAAGUGGGACCGCUGGAACUGUCCCAAGAGCGCCUUCUCCAGAAGAGGCUUGAAGCCGGCCAACCAGGAGACGGCCUUCGUGUUGGCCGCCACGUCCGCCGGCGUGGUGCACGCCGUGACGCGCUCCUGCUCCGCCGGCAACCUCCCGGACUGCGGCUGCCGCAUGCCCACCGGGCCCGCCACGGGGUCCGCCAUGGGCGAGACGGACGGCGACGACCCCAUCCUGGCCGACCUCAAGACCGCCCAGCAAGUGCUGACCAACAACCCGCACUCCCGGAGGUCCACGGCGGCCUCCACCUCGGACCAGGACGGCGACAAGAACGACGUGAACGGCGUCUCGCACAACAAGAAAAAGUGGGUGUGGUCGGGCUGCAGUGACCACGUCGCGUACGGCGAGCAGGUGGCCGCCAAGUUCCUGGACUUCUUGGUGAAGAGGGGCAACGACGCCUGGGCGUACAGCUCGCUGCACAACAACCGUGCCGGCCGCCUGGCCGUGCGCGAGUCCCUGCAGAAGCACUGCAAGUGCCACGGCGUGUCCGGCUCGUGCUCGCUGCAGACGUGCUGGAUGGCCGUGCCCAGCUUCGCCCGCGUGGCCGCCACGCUGCGCCGCCACUACGACCACGCCGUGCGCAUCGACUUCGAGUCCGGCCACGGCAAGCUGGUGCUGGGCAACUCGGCGUCCGGGCUGGUGCAGCGCAGCGCCGACCGCACCGCCCCCUCCGUGCCCGCCGAGAAGCUGGUCUUCCUGGAGGAGUCGCCCGACUACUGCAAGAUCAACAACACGACCGCCUCCUUUUUCUACCCCCAGGAUGGACCGGCACCAAGGGCCGCACCUGCUCGCGGAACCGCGGCGAGGGCGUGGGGCGCGCGGAGCGGCGGUCGUGCAAGGAGCUGUGCCGCGCGUGCGGGCACCGCGUGCGGCGCCAGACCCGACAGGUGUCGCGCCACUGCCAGUGCAGCUUCCAGUGGUGCUGCCAAGUCAAGUGCAAGACCUGCGUGGAGACCGUCAAGGAGCACUUCUGCGGCUAGCCUGCCUGACGCCUGCCAGCCCGGCGUGCCGUCAGGGAGAGCCCCUUGCCAUGGGGGCGCGGAGGGAAGCCUGCUGCGGCUAGGUCCAUGUUUAGGACCUACUUCGAGUCCGUUCGAGCAGCGCCUCUGCGCCCGCGGGCCCGCGCCCGUGUCAACCUCGCCACUCUCCAGGACUCCGCAGCGCCGCCACCCCUAGUGACGACUCUUCUCCCUCUGAGCCCGCGGAGGGAGCAUUUUCUAGUCUCUCUUCCUCCUCACGACUGCGGCAGAUUCGAACGGGUUGUGAUUUUAGGACUCGGCAUACCAGCCAGGAUGCGCGUCCAGUGACCAAAACCUCUCAUUCGUAAAUAUUAAUGACUUUAAGAUUUAUUAGUUUUAUAAUUUUAAUCCCAUCAAAUUUUGAGGAUAUGUAAUUUUAAUUUUUAACUCAAAACAUUCCGCUCUCUCUGUACUGUACCUCGAGAUCUCAUCGUGUGCUCUUUUCCUGUAUUGAUUUGGUGAAAAGCAGAGCACGCAUCGGCCCGACAGCAGGGGCUGUGGGCGUGACUAUUUUUAAUUAUUAGUAUGUAUUACAAGACUGACACAGCUUGAGGUGUUAUUGUCAGAUAGUACAAUCAAGAUACCAAAUCAGUAUUUUAUAUAGUGAUAUUGUGUUGUUAUUAUAUACGUAUUGUAUAUAAAUAUUUCUGUAUAUUGUCUCCUUGUUAACUCAUGAAUAAUUCUAAUGACAAUGUAGUGCUCAAUUUUUUUUAAAGAUGAAUGUAAAUAUUAAAACAUUGCUCAAUCAU